GUCAGAUUCUAGGUGUGGCGCACCUCGACAGCCGAGCAUGUGGAAUAAAUAUUUAUGAAGCAAAGAGGAAUGGAACUGCACCAUCUGCAUGGCAGUGCCUCACUGGGACAGGAAGUGGAGGCGCUGAUAGCUGCCUCUAAUUGCGCCUGUGCAAAAUUAACUGCUUUGCUGACGUGUUGGAGCUGCUCCGAUUGAUUCGCCCCUCUCAUCGUUGAUGCCAAUUAACUCAGCGAUUUUAAAAGAUGAGUAUUGAAGUGGAAAGAAAAUUUUUGUGCAAUGCUGACACUGUAAAAACACUGGAGGCUCUUGGGGCGGUAUGUAUUGGUCAGUGGCAAUUUCAUGACCAGUAUUUUGAUACCCCCGACUUUGACCUUACUUUGAGAAACAUGUGGCUGCGGAAACGUCGCGGAUGUUGGGAGCUCAAAUAUCCAAUCACAACUGCCAGCAAGAGGGAAGGCAGAAGUGGAGAACAACCUACACGAUCAUCCCUGUGCACACAUUACAAAGAGAUAACCAACCUGCCUGAAAUACAGCUGAGAGUGGGCGAGGUCAUAAAAGGCAUCUGUAGGGAUACUUCAAGUCAGCCGCUAGCAGAAUUGGCAGAAGAAGAAAGAACACCCAUAAAGGCCGAGGCUUGCUGUAAUGUAGCCAGUGAUGGAAGUUUACAGGACAAGGAUUCUUGGCUGAGUGAAGUUAACCUUGAAUGCUUUGCAGAGUUCACAACAGUACGUCGGACAUUCACUUUGGAUGAAGACGGUGUACAGAUCGAUCUUGAUCAUGCUGACUUUGGCUACUAUGUGGGUGAAAUUGAGGUACUCCUGCCAGACGGAGGAGAUAUGCAGUGUGCCCAAGAUAAAAUUCAAAGAACAGCUGACAAGCUUGGUCUGUCUGGAGAUAAACGAGUUGAAGGAAAAAUUGAUGUUUACCUUCAAAGAAACCUGCCAGAGCACUAUGCAAAACUGUUAAGCACACAUUUUGUAACGGGUAUGUAGGAUCUGCUAGUAGUCCACGUUGUUAUUAGAACAAGCUAAUUGUGGAGUGUCUGAGGGUUUGGUCUUGGAGCCCACUUUCUUUUUUCUUUUCUUCUUUCUUAAUUUGGUUUUAGAAUGAUUUCAGAACUCCAGAGCCACUUUGUUCUGGUAGCAGCAGUCAGGCAAGAAGUUCACUCCGACAUGAGCACAGGAGCACAAGAGCUCUUGGAAGAACUGUAAAUAUUUUUGAUUUAUUCUUUGUGAAUGCUUUAUGCUGGUUCUUGUGGUGAUCUUGCUAAAGCUGUGUCGGUCAUUAAUUGUUCUGUA